CAAGUUUGAGAAGACAUGGCAGCAUAUCUUUUCAGUGGUAGGCUCUCUGGCUGUAAACACGUGGAGACUUUAUAUCAACCGCUAAGCUAAAGAGCUCUAACCGAACCAGACUCAAGAUGACAAGUGAGGAUGUGGAACGGCUGCUGAUCCAGUUCCAGGAUGAGAAUGGGGAAGUUCUGGGCUCACCUUUCGAUGUGCCUCUUGACAUCACCCCCGACAAACUGCAGCUCGUCUGCAAUGCAUUGCUGCAAAAGGAGGAGCCCGUUCCUCUGGCAUUCUUCGUGCGCGGCGAGGCAGAGGUGGUGUCCAGCCUGGGUUCCUGCAUCCAGGCUCUCAGGGUGGAGACGGAGCAGGUUCUGCCGGUGGUGUACCAACCUCAGGCUGUGUUCAGAGUCCGGGCCGUGACCCGCUGCACCAGCACGCUCCAGGGACACACAGAGGCAGUCAUCUCCACUGCCUUUAGUCCUACUGGCAAGUAUUUGGCCAGUGGAUCAGGAGACACCACGGUGCGCUUUUGGGAUCUAACGACUGAGACUCCCCAUCACACUGCCAGAGGACACAACCACUGGGUCCUGAGCAUCGCCUGGUCACCUGAUGGAAAGAAGUUAGCUUCAGGGUGUAAGAACAGUCAGAUCUGUCUUUGGGAUCCGGUGACAGGAACACAGAUAGGAAAGACUUUGAUGGGACACACCAAGUGGAUCACUUGGCUCUGCUGGGAACCUCUCCAUCUUAACCCAGAGUGCCGCUACUUAGCCAGCAGCUCUAAGGAUGGCUCUGUUCGGAUCUGGGACACUGUUCUGGGACGCUAUGACAAGAUCUUGACAGGACACACUCAGUCAGUCACCUGUGUGAAAUGGGGAGGAGACGGACUGCUUUACACCUCCUCCCAGGACCGCACAGUCAAAGUGUGGCGGCCCAAAGAUGGCGUGCUGUGCAGAACGCUGCAGGGUCACGCCCACUGGGUGAACACUCUGGCUCUCAGCACAGAUUAUGUAUUACGCACUGGAGCUUUUGAACCUGCUACCGCCACCAUCAACCCCCAGGAUCUCACUGGAUCUUUGGAUGAGAUAAAGGAGACCGCCUUGCAGAGAUACAAUAAAGUUAGGGGCUCCGCUCCGGAGCGGUUGGUGUCUGGUUCUGAUGAUUUCACCUUAUUCCUGUGGAAUCCUGCUGAAGACAAAAAGCCUUUAGCCAGGAUGACCGGCCACAGCGCUCUGGUCAACGAAGUGCUCUUCUCCCCCGACACCAGGCUGCUCGCUUCUGCUUCAUUCGAUAAGUCCAUUAAAAUCUGGGACGGACGGACUGGAAAAUACCUGAUGUCUCUGCGGGGACAUGUGGGGUCUGUGUAUCAGGUGGCGUGGUCAGCAGACAGCCGGCUACUGGUCAGCGGCAGCAGUGAUAGCACGCUGAAAGUUUGGGACAUAAAGACUGGAAAGCUUAAUAUGGACCUUCCAGGACACGCUGAUGAGGUUUAUGCUGUUGACUGGAGUCCUGAUGGACAGAGAGUGGCAAGUGGUGGGAAAGACAAAUGUCUUCGAAUAUGGAGAAGAUAACCAAUGAUGUAUCCUCUCAUAUGGGUUUCUAUAAAGCUUAAGACAGCUGAAGCAAAGGGUGUCCAGAGCAGAUCCAGUCCUCUGUUUGAUUGUACGGCGCCUGCCACAGGAGUAAUUGUGUCGAGGAACUUGGAUCCUGUCAAUGCAAAUGCUGAGUCUUGUUUUCAAGUCCAAAUGUUAAUCAUUUGCAAUGCAAGACUGCAAACAAAGCUCGCCCAAAUGGAAAUUUGAAACGUGAAACAGCCAUUCCUUCAGAUUACUACAUAUACAAGUAUUUCAAAACAUUUACCUUAUGUAAUAUAACAACCCUCAUCUAGACAAAUCUGGUACCAGUUUGCAGAUUACUGAAAGCUCAUUAGCCACCAUCAUAGAUGUAAAGACACAUAAAAGAAUCAUACUUUUUAGUAAAUUAUCAGAAAGCUAUACAGCUCCUGUUAUCUCAGUUCUUGAGAUAUUUUGGUGAUAUUUUCAUGAACAGUUGGUCUGAUGAGACAGCAUGUGGGACCGUUAACGCCUUCCUGUGUGAUGUUAAGUCCUCUGUUGCUUGCUCUGCACCUUCUGUAUUUAAUCUCUUCUGCCAUCAGCGCGACAUUAAACACAUCUCUUAGUUGUAGUGGCAGAAAACCCUGAACAUUUUUUUUCAUCCCAUAUUGGGAAACCUCUUUUCUUGUCCAUAGCAUGAAUUUAUUUCUGGAUGAUUUACUCUUAAUGCGUUCUAACUUAAGAUCCCUCCCAACAUACUGUUGACUUAACAGUAAAUUAAGUGGCUGAUAGUUGAACAAGAAACAAAGUUUCCCUCUGAAUGGUUGAGAAAUGUUGAUUACAACCAGUAUGUAUGUAUACAUGUAUUAUUCAAUCUCAUUGUAUUAUCGUUCAUGAUAAUAAUAAAGAUUUGACUUGUGAUCUUCAA